CACUGUCCUCCCAAGUCCCCACGUCCCUCUCCCCUUUUCCCUAGACCUUAGACGCUACAUCAUGAGCGACACAAAUUCCACCAUUUCGGAUCCGAGCCAACAGGACCUGUAUGGUUAUGUCCCAGACCGGGAUGUAUGUAUCAUCUUCGUCGUGCUCUUCAGUAUCUCAGCCGCGAUCCACCUGGCCGAGGCGGUGUACUUCCGCAUGAGUUGGCUCUUCGCCACCGCCGUGUUCUCCGGCGUUGCCGAAAUCCUCGGCUGGUCAGCACGACUGUGGUCAAGCUAUAGCCCGUUCGAUCAGGACCCGUAUAUCAUGCAGCUUACCGUCACCAUCAUCGCGCCCUCACCGCUCGUAGCCGCGCUCUUCAUCCUGUUCGGGCGCAUCUCUGAGCGGCUCGGCGAGCACUACGGGCGCCUCACCGCAAUGUGGUACUCCAUCAUUUUCCUGACAUGUGACAUCAUCUCGCUCGUCACGCAAGGCGUGGGAGGCGGCAUCGCGGGCUCCUCGAUUGGAAACCAGAGCCAGGUGGACCUCGGCGGCAACAUCAUGUUGGCCGGGAUCAUCUUCCAGCUAGCGUCCAUCACCGUAUUUGUGAUCCUCAUGAGCGAGUACUUCCUGCGGUACCUCACGGACCGGCCGAUCAGGAAGGCGAACAAGGACCCGAAUGCGGAGGAGGCGUACAUCCCCGCGCGCGGCGCGACGACGCCGAAGAUGCGGCUCAUGAUCGUCUGUGUGCUUAUGAUGACGUUCUUCCUGAUCAUUCGGUCGGUCUACCGUAUGAUCGAGCUCAUCGACGGCUUCAACGGAAAGAUUAUCCAGACCGAGAUCUACUUCAACAUCUUCGACGGCGCGAUGGUCGUCCUUGCGAUCUACACCCUGAACGUGCUGCACCCAGGAUGGCUGCUCGAGCGGGUGUACCACCAGACCGCGGUGUCCCUGCGCGAGAUGAGCCCGAGCGGGUCCCCCCGCACGUCGCUCCUGAACCUGAAGGGCGGCGCCGCGCGGGUCAACAUGGGUGAGGCGGAGUGAUAAUGACGAGUUGAGAUGAUGAUACGCACCGUACGUAGUAGUAGUGUUCUUGCUGCCCCGGAGACUCGCGCGGGGCCACGUUCGCUCCCAGGACAUUGUAGUUAUUGUACGCGAGUCGGACUGUCGUUUUUCGUUCGAGUUCCGAGAGUGUGUGGAUGGUGGGGAGGGUGUGUCUUGUACCAGUUGUAGUAGACCAGACGGCCCUAGCAUCUAAAUACCCUAAUAUAUAGCGUGUAGACGAGA